AUGCAUCCAACCGCCCGUAUCUUCUCUGCGAGAGUGCAUACGCCGCUCAUAAGGUUUUUGGGCAAGCGGGAUUGGCCGUCUGGCUCAGAAACACCACACGUUCAUCCAGCAGCACCCACCGAGUUGCGGAACAAGAACUUUUCUGACUUUUCGACGGCUUCAAGUUCCUCACAGUCCCCAAACUCGUCCUCCUUAUCAUCACCUUCGUCCACUUCCAAGGCAUUCAAAGAAUUUUGGGAAGCACCGCAGAGGUUAUGCAGCCCUAAAGUACGGGAAUUGGAGGAAUGGGAGAUUGACGCGGUCUUGUCCGGUGGUGCUUCGCUCCGUUAA